UAUCCGUUCGCCCUUCGCAGAUUUCAGUCAUUCGUCAAAAGAAAACGUUACGUUCUUGUUAAAGGUUUGCUGCAAAUCUAAAAAGGUUUCUUUUAAACAUGGCGGAUUGUUUGGUGGUAUGGCUGUUAAUCUUAGUGUUGGCUUCCUUCUCAGAUGCCUUUAAAKUGACAAAUGAAAAUCCUGAGAUCAAAUUACAUCACAAGAUGACUAAGAGAGAGAUAAGUCAUUAUUUUGGGGUCGAUUCUCAUGAUGAAGUUCCAGACUACGAGGUGACAAUACCACACCAAGCGGACCCACACACGGGGAAGUUUUCAACUUUCAAGCUGGGUAACCACGCGAGACACCGACGCAGCGCCGAGAACAAUGUUUGGUUUUAUAACAUCCAGGCAUUCGGCGUCAAUAUGGGUCUAAAUUUAUCAAAAGCUCGCGAUGUGAUUGGUCCAAAGGUCCAGGUUGAAACGACUCACAAAAACGGAUCUAAAUCCUACUCCUCGCAACCAACGAAUGACAUCCUGGAAGGUCACGUGACUUCUCAGCCUGGCUCAUUUGCAAUGAUCAGUAACAAUGGCGGAUUGAGCGGAAUGAURAGCCUAAUGGACCAGCUUCUGUUUUUYCAUCCACUACCAAACCACCUUGCAAAMGAUUAUGGACAACAAAAUGGCGGCGGUAAUCCUCACGUGGUGUAUCGUCAUUCCUCUGAUGGCAUGACAAAAAGAGCCUGUUAUACGAAAGACACAGGACCAAAGAAUCAUCGUUCACGAAGAUCCGUUGAUGACAAUGCUCCUUCGUCAGAAACCAAGAUAUUGGAAAUGGCAUUAAUUGCUGACACGUUUUUUCUUGAAGAAAAGAAGGAAUUCAAGGACAUAAUUAGUUCCUAUCUGAAGAUGAUCGUUCAUCUUGUUGAUGCUAUGUUUCAAGAUCCCAGCGUUGGGGAUAAAAAGUUGCACAUUGAGGUUGUAAAACUUGUUUUAGAUAAAGGAAACGAGCUCAAGAUUGAUAAAAGGGAUYGCACUGGUAGUAGACUUAGCAAACUUGGUACCUGGGGAGAUAAUAACAUUGAAAGAACAAACGGCAAGAAGAACCAUGCUGACGUAUUGGUCCUUUUGACGACGGGAAUACAAGGAGGACUUGCAAGGGUAUCUUCUACAUGUUCAAGUUACUUUGGUCAAGCGGUUAACAACGAUGCUGGACUUGCGACGGCUAUCAUGACCGCUCAUGAAGUCGCCCACACACUGGGAGUCGACCAUGAUUCCAGUUACGGAUGCCCAAACUACUUGAACACCAUGUCCACUACAAUGACAAGUGGCAAAAGUGCUAUGACRUGGUCUAAAUGCUCUAAGAAAAUCAUUCAAAAUUUUCUCUCAAGCGACCGCUCGUCUUGCUUAAACAACCAAGCACCAACGAUUGCAUUACCAAUUCCAGCGGAGUACCGCAAUAAACUUCCUGGACAGAUCUUUGAUGCUAAUGCACAAUGCGAGUUGCAGUACAGAAAAGGAUUUGUACAAUGUCCAAGAAAGAGAGGAUGUCUUUCACUUCUUUGCACAAAUAAUGGUGGGUCUACUUGUAUGGGUCGCCUUACUCCCCCUAUGGAUGGUACUCGAUGUGGUGACAGACAUUGGUGUAUUAAAGGAGAAUGCGUGGACGAUGGAUCCCCAAUGAUUGACGGUGGGUGGAGCAACUGGUCUGGUUUUACCACAUGCACACAGACUUGUGGUGGAGGCGUUAUGUGGAGAACGCGAACCUGUACCAAUCCCAAACCASAAGGGGGAGGAUCAAAAUGUGAAGGCAGUGAUGUUGGCCAUUAUGCAAUAUGCAACAAGACGGAUUGUCCAAAAGGAACCAAAACUUACCGUGACAGCCAGUGCGAAGCCAAACGUCCUGGAACUAAGGCAUACUUUAAGCCAGAUCCUUGUGCUCUUUCAUGUAUUAAAUCGAGUAUGUUUUACGCARACGGUGAAGUGUCCGACGGGACGAGAUGUUCUUCCGAUAGCAGAAUAAAAAAUYUCUGCAUAAAAGGAAAAUGCGAGGUGUUAAAGACACAGGCAAUCAAUACAUUUACAAUGUUGCAUAUACCUGGAGUACCACAGUAAAGGCAGCUGGAACUAAAGUAGCGUACGAUCAUGAGGAAAAUAUCUAUAAAGACAGAAUAGAAAUCCCAGGACCGACAACAAAACCACUGAAAAUCAUGUACAUCGGAUAUAUGACAACUAAUCCCGGCGUUAGCUACUCAUAUUUCGGUAAAAAGAAAACUGUUGUUACAGCUGAUCAGGUCUACUGGAAUACUAGUGAUUGGUCGCUUUGCUCGAAAAAAUGUGCAGGAGGGAUAGAAACAAGAUCUGUUGAGUGUUUAAGAAAAGACGACAACUCAUACGUCUCAGAUAAAGUUUGCGCACAGACAAAACCGACAGCCCAAAGGAAAUGUAACGUCCAUCCAUGCACAGCGAGUUGGUAUCAGUCGUCAUGGAGACCGUGUUCCAGGACCUGUGGGCGGGGCAAGCAGAUCCGAGAAGURGUGUGCCGUACAAAGAUAGGACCUGGCCAGUAUAAGACAGUURCUGYUGACAAAUGCAAAGCUGGCGAGAGACCCAAGGGAGAUUUGGAGAGAGAUUGCAACGAAAUCAGUUGUGGAGCAGACUGGGUGGCUGGAAAUUGGUCUAAGUGCAGCGCAAGUUGUGGUUCCGGUGGRGUUAUGACUAGAAAGGUCCGAUGUGAGCAACUCAAAGGAGAUGGUCAAUAUGUGUCAGUUGAUAAGAAGUUCUGCUCCCAUGCACCAGAAUUAUCAACCUCUCAAAGCUGCAACGUAGACGUGAAAUGUGUUGCGACAAUGAAGACACCAGGCGGUAAAGAGUUCAUUCCAAUUGGCUGUUUCAAAGAGGGAYAUUUUAUUAAAGGUGAACGUGCUCUGCCAGAAAUGGUUGCCAAUCUAAGGUCGAAGAUCAAUUGGUUCAACAUGACCAAGACAGUAGUAGAUUGUUCUAAGGCUGUGUCCAAGAAAAACAACACGUACAAAGUUUUCGGGAUACAGUUCUAUGGGGAGUGUUGGUCCGGUUCAGGCGCUGACAAGACAUACGCCAAGUAUGGCUGGUCCAAAGACUGUUGGAGUGGUGUUGGAGGAUCGCAUGUCAACUAUAUUUACACAUUUGUUUAAGACAAGAGAUCUUGAAAGUUACUCGUCGAGGUCCGACUGAUCAAAAAUUAACAGUACUAGAAUUUGAAAAAUGAACACAAGGCUAGAUUUGUAGUUAUGGAAAAUCGUAAAUAAAAUCUUGCGGGUUUCAUCUUAAA